AUGUCUCAGGAUAGUAUCCUUCGUAUUCCUCGAAGUGAUAGUUCUGGCGACUAUGCUUUGAUCAAGGUAUCAAAGUCUGGAGCUUCUGACUUGGACUUGCAGCUUGUUGGGACCGAGGGAGAGACCCCAUAUGUUGGAUCCCUGACCUCGAGUGGAAUCAAGAAACUACGAGCGAAAAACUACCGGGGUGAUGACGAUGAGUGGGCUGGAAUCCUCUCCUAUUCCUUUGAUCGGAUACCGGAAUCCAGUGCAAACGCAGAAUGGAUCUCCGGGCUAGAAGUCCUGGCGGCAGUGCAAGGCGAUGGCGACGAAGAAAACAAGGAACUACAUAUCGCCUUGAGAAAACGGAUUGACUCAAUCACGGACGAUGAGCAAGCAAUUGAACUGUAUGAAUGGACCGGAAUGGCCGUAUCCAAGGCGAAGGCAUUAGAACAGCAAGUUUCUAACCUGCAGUCAAAAUAUCGCGAAGCUGAAGACACAAUUAAUAAGUUGAAAGCUCAGUUGGAAGAUUUCAUUGAAACCAAGAACCGACACGACGAACAGUUAAUCGGGAAGUUCGUUGGUCUUCUAAAUGAGAAAAAAUCCAAGAUUAGAAGCCAACAGCGUCUAUUAACAAAAGCCAAAGAGAAUCCAGACACAGCACAAGAAGCGGCAACAACGGAAGCACCACAGAAGGCAACCGGCAAAUCAGCCACGAGCAGACGAUCCAAACGAAAAGCAGACGAACCUCCGCCCGAAGAAUCGGAAAGUGAUGACGGUUUUGAUGCAAUGGAUAUAGACAAGAAAGAUGCUACUGCUACCCUAGACGAGGGCAGUACCACAGAUGAAAGGCAGGACACACCAGAACCUCUCGAGGAUGAGACGGCAUCGGAAAUAGAAGAUGAGGUACCUCCUCGCCCUCCUGCCCCAAAGAAGGGAGGAAGGGCGGAAACAAUUCCCAGAACGGCGAAAGCUGCUGUCGCUCAAGAUGCUAAACGGACGCGCAACGCGCCUGAACUGUCCGCAAAUCUCGAAAUCUCAGAGCCGCCCCCUCCGCGAGAAUUGCCGUUCAGUAAGAAACGAGCUGCUCAAAAACCAGUUAUUGAAAGCACUGAAGGUGGUGCAACCGAUUCAGAGGACGAUGAACUCUAA